AUGCAAGUCAAGCUCAAGCCCCAGGCGAUCGGUGGCGCCAAGGCACAGGCCGGCGAACCCCUGCCGGGCCGGGGGUUGAGCGCCAAGCCGUCAGCACACCCGGUGCCUCAGAAGCAGGCCCCGCAGCAGUCGCAGCCACCCCCGCAGCAGCAGCAGGGUCAGCUUCAAGGGGAGCCCGGGGCGCGGGCCCAGGCUUCUCGUGCUGCGGGCAUCAGCGCCAGCAAUAGCGGUGGCGGCGCGGGGUCCGGCGGCGGCGGCGGCGGCGUUGCCUCAAACAAGGCGGAGCCAGUGCCCGCCAGCCGCAUGGUGGUGAAGCGCGCGGACGGCAAGCUUGUGUACGUCUCGGCCAGCGAAACGCUUGUUCACAGCGGCACUGCCAAUGGGUUGGCCGCCGGAGCCCACGCGGCUGCCGCGGGGCCCCAAGCGCACCAUCCAGACACCAAGCACCAGCAGUCCGGGCGGCGGUCGGACGGCGGCGCUGCGCAGGUGCAGUCCCAGCUGCAGGCGCAGCCGCGAGCGUCGCAGACGCAAGCACAAGCGCAGGCGCAGCAGCAGCAGCAGCAGCAGCAGCAGCAAAGGGAUGACAAGCAGAAAGGGCAGCAGCAGCAGCAGCAGCAGCAGCAGCAGCAGCAGCAGCAGCAGCAGCAGCAGCAGCGUGUUAGUGCCACAAAUGCUGAGCCCACUGCGGCUUCGGCCGUGAGCGGCAGCGACAGCAAAGUGCCAAAGCAGCAGCCGGCUUCGCGGCAGCCGCAGCAGCAGUCGCAGCAGCAGUCGCAGCAGCAGUCGCAGCAGCAGCAGCAGCAGCAGCAGCAGCAGCAGCAGCAGCAGCAGCAGCAGCAGCAGCAGAAUAAGAACCUCAGGCGGCAGGAGCAGGAGCAGGAGGCGCGUAAGCCGCGGCCGGCCGGCAGCAUGCAGGCGGGAGGCCACGUGCCCGUUGCGCCCGCGCCGUCCGGGCCGCCGCCCAACCCAAGCAGCAUGCUGACCGCCAAGGCCAGCGGGUCUCUGUCCCCACUCCUGCUGCCAUCCAGCCAGGCGGUCAACAUGGCUGCGCUCAGCGGCUCGACGCACGAGCCUACCAGCGGGGCCGCAACCCUUGCAGGCCUCAAGGCCCAACCCGCCGGGGGCACCCCCCUGCCGCUGGUGCCGCCGUCGCUGGUGCCGCCUCAGGUGGCCGUCCGCAACACGACCGCGCACACACUCGCGCUCGGCGCCGCCGCGGCGCACGCCAUCGCCGAGGCGCCCGCGCCGACAGUGCUGAGCAAGCUCGCCCUGGCACUCGCGGCCAACGGCCCGAGCGCCGCCGCCGCAGGCGCGGCCGCCGGCCUGCAGUCGGCGUUGUCUGGCGGCCCCCUCCGCUCGCUGUCAGCGGACGCGCCGCCCUUCAACUUCAAGCUCGGCGGCGCCCCGCCCUCUGGCAGCGUGGCAGUCCCACGCCGGAGCUCGGGCGGCGGCGGCGCGACGGGCAGCCCGCCCGGCGGCUGCGGCGCGCCGACGGCCGAGUCGGUGCUGCGGCUGGCGGAGCAGCUGGCAGCGCAGCUGCCGCAGGUGCAGGAGGCGCAGGCGGCCCGCGAGCGCGCGCUGGAGGCCGAGGCGUCGUCGCUGCGCGCCGCCCUUGAGCGCGAGCGCGCGCGCGCCGCCGCGGAGGCGUCGGAGCUGCGGCGACGCGCGGACGACGCCGAGCGGCGCGCGGGCGAGGAGCGCGCCGCGGCGGAGCGCGGGGCGGCGGAGCUGCGGGCCACGGCGGACAGGGCGCGGCACGAGGCGGCGGCGGCGCAGGUGGAGACCGGCAAGCACCUGGUCGCGCUGGAGAAUGCGGCGGCGGAGGCGCGGCAGCUGCGGGCGCAGCUCGACAUGGUGCGCCACCACGCAGGGGGCGGCGGCGGCGGCGACGGCGGCGGCGUGGCCCCGCAGCUGCUGGGCGGCGGCUACCCCUCGCAGGCGCCCGGCGGCGACGGCUCUGGCGCCGGCUACAGCAAGGCUGCUGCGCCGCCGGGGUUCCCGGUGCCCGCAGCGCAGCCCGGCGCGGCUGGCGGCGGCGAGGGGGGCGCGGGGCUGCCCUACUACUCCUCCCCGGCGUUCGGCAGCUUUGGCGGCAGCAGCCCCAGCCGGCACCCGGCCGCGCCGCAGCCUGGCGGGGCGCUCAGCCCGGCCGACUCGGCUCAGCAGCAGACGGCCUACGAAGACUUUGUGGUCGUCCAGGAGCCGGGCGCGGUCGCGGGCGCCGAUGACGCGCCGCCUCGCCACUGGCGCUUGUGGGCGGUCAUUGACGGCCACGGCGGCCCCGACGCCGGUCGCCAUGCGGCGCGCCUUUUGCCUGAAGAGCUCGCGCGACGAAUGCCAAAGCGCCCGCUGCUUGACGGCGCCGAGCGCGGCGCGGCGACAACAGCGGAUUACGCCGAGCGCGUGCGCGCCGCCGCCACGGCGGCAUUCCUGGCUGCGUCCCUGCGCCUCCAGGGCGGCCCCGCGCGCCCGGGCAUCUCGCGCGAGCAGGGCGCCACGGCGACCGUCGCGAUCCAGACGGGGCGGCUGCUGACAAUCGCCAACGUUGGCGCAGUCAAGGCGGUGGUGGAUGUCGCCGCCGCGCGUGUCGAGGUGACGCGCGACCACCGCAUCGGGUGCGACGAGGACGAGGACAGCCGGCUGGCGAUGGCUGGCGCCCAGGUCGCACGCGCGCGCCUCGACCUUUCAGGGCCCAGCCAACAGGGGGAGGACGGCUGCGGCCCACUGCGCGUCUGGCCGGGCGGCCUGCGCCACUCCAGGUGGCUCGGCAGCUGCUGCGGUGACGACAGAGGCGGCGGCGGCAACGAGCAGGGCGGGGAGGGCGCGAGCAACGCGGUGAUCCCCUACCCCAGCCUGCGCCAGCGCAUGGCCACGCUGCUGCGCCGCAGCAGCCUGGUCAGCAUCAGAAGCGGCCCGAGCGGCGGCGCCGCCGCCGCCGCCGCCUCGGCCGGGAGCGGCCGGCUCGCGUCCCUGCUCUCGUGCGUGAUGCGGCCGGCGCGCUACGCGCGGGAGCGGGGCGGCGGCGCCGCGGAGCUUCGGGCAGCGCGCCAGCGGCUGGCACCGGAGGGCAGCGUGCGCGCGGGGACCACCUACCUGUCCCUCACCUUUUCAAGGGUGGAUGCGUUUGGGGCGUUCGCAGGCGGCCGCUACGGCGUGACAGAGCUCGUGCUCUCCGCGCUGGACGCGCGGCUGAGCGCCUGCGAGGCGGCUGACGAGGCCGCCGCCGCCGCCGCCGCCGCCGCGGCUGGCGCGCCGCGCGCCCCCACGCCGUGGGGGGCGGCCCGCCGGCCGCUGCUGCCGCCGGCGCGCUGCGCGUCGGCGGGGCCGGUGCUGAUGUCUGGGGCUGUGGGGCGCGCGGUGGCCGGCGCCGUGGGCUCAGCAGAGGACCCGGCCAACUUCAUGCUGCGGCCGUCCAUCGCGCUGACAGACUAG